GAUAAUCUUUGUGCUAACUAUUCUUUCUUCAUGUUGAAUUCUUUCUAGUACCAAUUUUGGUCGCUUAAUUUAACUUCUUAAAAAUAUAUUAAUUAAGCCAUCUUAUCCUAAUCCUACUUGAUCAUUAAUAAUUACAACCCUAAAAUAACGCAGCUUUAGGCCUUGUUUGUUUGUUUGGAGAACGACUCGCAGUGAACUCAACUGCCCGGAAACACACACACCACCGUCCACCGGACUUGCUCCUCCGCCCACUACUAAAGGCAGCGCACCGGUGAUUGAAUCCCGUCGAGACAGAUAGGAGCUUCAUGGAGAAUUUCAACUUCAAGCAUCGCGUUGAUCAAUUAAUUUCAAAAGUUGAUCAACUUGAGCAGAAAGGGCAUGAGAUAGAUAAAUUUUACUCCAGCUUAAAUAAAAAGCAAACAGACAUGCCAAAAGGUAACUCAACUACAAAGGAUAAAGAUAAGGAGAAACAUGUUCCAAGUAUUAAGAAGCAACAGCAGGAUGCAUCACGUAGAGAAGCGGCUGCUCAAAAAAGAAUGCAAGAUCUUAUACGCCAGUUUGGCACAAUAUUGCGCCAGAUCACACAACACAAGUGGGCUUGGCCUUUUAUGCAACCGGUUGAUGUAGAGGGCCUGGGCUUAAAUGAUUAUUAUGAGAUCAUUGACAAGCCCAUGGAUUUCAAUACCAUUAAGAACCAAAUAGAGGCUAUUGAUGGUACUGGAUAUAAGCAUAUUCGGGAAAUAUGUUCUGAUGUGAGACUGGUUUUCAAAAAUGCUAUGAAAUAUAAUGACGAAAGAAGUGAUGUUCAUGUGAUGGCAAAAACUUUACUGGAAAAGUUUGAGGAGAAAUGGUUGCAACUUCUGCCUAAAGUUACUGAAGAGGAGACAAGACGAGAAGAGGAAGAAGCUGAAGCACGGUUAGCUAUGCAAUUUGCUCAAGAAGUAGCUCAUGCUAAAAUGGCUAGAGACUUGAGUAACGAGCUUGAUGAAGUUGAUGCACAUUUAGAAGAGCUACGGGAGAUGGUUGUUAAAAGAUGCAGAAAAAUGUCAACGGAAGAAAAGAGAAACCUUGGAGCUUCUCUAACCAGACUGUCUGCUGAUGAUCUUCGCGGAGCAUUGGAAAUUGUUGCCCAAGCUAAUCCGAACUUCCAAGCAAAUGCUGACGAGGUGGAUCUUGACAUAGAUGCUCAGAGUGAGUCUACCUUGUGGAGGUUAAAUUUUUUUGUUAGAGAUGCUCUUGAAGUCCAAAGCAAGAAUUCAGGAAGCGUGGACGGAGAUGAAAAUCUGAACAACAGACGUAAAAGAGAUUUGUGUGAUGCUAUUGCAAAAGCUAAGAAGAAGAGGGCCAAGAAGCCUACUUGAAGUUCAUUCGGAGACAACAUGCUACUCUUAGGUUGACUUGAGUUAGUGAUAAUAACCCAAUGAGUUAUUUCUAGAAACAAAUCAAACCAACCACCUAGUUUGAUGAAGACAUUUUCUUGGAAAAUGGCAAAAUUUGUGCUGCUCACAUUCUGUCUCUUAUUAUGUCAAGCCUAGUUUUUUUAGGUGGCUUGAUUUUUGCUUUCAAAGAAAACCUUGCAAUGUAACCUAGUUUUGAUUUUGAAGACAUUUUUUUGUUGUCCCCCAUGACCCUGUAAUAUUCAUUUGAUCAUUUCUAAAUUCUAAUGUUUGACUGAUAUGGUAAUUUGUUUCUUUUUA